AUGCCCUCGCUGGGUGACCGGUUCACUCGGAUUUUCCUGCUGAUUGCAGUCGCCGAAGCUCAUAUGAGAUUGCUGCAACCCAUGCGUUUCGGUGGCCUGGGACUGCCCGAGUCUGGGUCAACAACAGGUGUUGCUGAGGCAGCCUUGACUCCAGAUAGAUUCCCGUGCGGCGAAGAGUCACCCUUACGAUUCCAAUGCGACCCCUUGAACGGAUGCGCAGUCCAUGGCGGUGGUUCUUGCCAGUUAUCCUUGACGGAAGAUAGUGUCCCAACGAAAGACUCCAAAUUCAUCGUAUUUCAGUCGUGGGAAGGCGGCUGUCUCACAAGAAACGGUGCUGCGAUCACCGAUUAUCACGACCCGGCAAGCGUGCCUGGAGAGUACACCUUCAAAGUACCAGACGAUUUCCUACCGGGUAAUUAUACCAUGGCUUGGAGUUGGAUACCGAAAUGGUCAGGGCCGAAUGAAUUCUACAUGAACUGCGCGCCCAUCACGUUAAAAGCCUGCGGCAGCGCCAAACGAUCGUCGCCAAAACAUGUGAAAAGAGUCACGCGGCCAAACAUGUUCGUUUCCAAUGUAGAUGUCCCUUCCGCCCAAGGCUGCCUCACCAAGACGAGCAUCAAUGUCUUAUAUCCGGAUCCCGACCCUGACGUUAUUCGUAAUGGUACUGAUGGCGAUGGAUGCAACACACCGACCCUUUUCGCUUAUGGGGAGCGGCCAUGUCCACAGCCUGCAGCUCCGUUCUCUUGGUGCUCCGAGACUGGUAGAAGUAGUGCAAGCAUGUCUGCCACGACAAGCAUGAAUACUUCUUCUGAAGCCGCCCAGCCAACUACCAGCGAUGCAGCCUCUGGCACUGGUUCGGUUUCGCCAACGUCAAUGGUGGUGGUUAAUGCUACCAUUUCUGUCAAUGCCGGCAACUCUGCAUUGACUGCUAGCUCACCAUCAUCAGUCAGCGUUUCUACCUCGUCUGCAGCGGUGUUGGCCUCGUCAUCGUCUACAUCGGACAGUUGCUUAGCAGCCCGAAAUAGAUUUAGAAUCGUAUAG